AUGUUCCGCGUAUAUAGAAGACAGCUGAAUGAUGGCAGCUGCUCCGAGGUGGCGCCGGACCCGUUUUCCGAACGACGUAGUCGCCAUCCGAGGCAAGAGGCGAUGCCAAACUCUUUCAUUAUGAGCGGCGUUCUUCAUUUCGACCUGACUGAAACAACACAAGUCGACACUGGAGAAAUAUUUCGAUUCAAGAUGGGCUCACAUGAAUCAAAACGCAACUUGAUCAUUGUGUCGAACAGAUUGCCGUUGUCGAUCAAACGUGUCGAUGGUACAUAUCAGUCGUCAAUUUCGAGCGGCGGGUUGGUCACUGCGUUGUCGGGAUUGACAAAGUCCACGCAGUUUCGUUGGUUUGGUUGGCCCGGUAUCGAAGUCAGAGACGUCAAGGAGAGGGAGCAAGUAUGUAAAAGCUUGGAUGAACAUGAUGCGACCCCGAUUUUCCUGGAUAGCGGGUUGGCGAAUGAACAUUAUAACAUGUUCUCGAAUCGUAUUUUGUGGCCCAUCCUUCAUUAUCAAUCGGGAGUGAUAUAUGAAGAUGGUCCGUGGCAGGCGUAUCGAAGAGUCAACGAGGUUUUCGCCGAUGCGGUUGCCGACGCAGCAGAACCAGGAACCCUGAUUUGGGUGCACGAUUAUCAUUUGAUGUUGCUGCCAGAGCUCCUCCGCAACCGCCUCCAAGAGAGGAAUAAACGUUGUGCCAUCGGGCUUUUCCUCCACACUCCGUUUCCAGCUGGUGACUUCUGGCGAGCUUUGCCUGUCAAGAAGCAUUUGAUCGAGGGGUUGUUGUCGAGUGACUUGAUUGGGUUCCACACGGACGAGUAUAAGCAGAAUUUCAUCGACACCUGUGCCAGUAAUCUGGGAGCACGUACCGAGAUUCCAAACCAGAUGCAGUAUAAAAACCGGUUGAUCUGUGCUGGUAGGUUCAUUGUGGGAAUAGACCCGCAGAAGUUCGCAGACACACUGGAAAAACCAGAAGUCCAAGACCGUAUAAAGACCCUCGAAGAUAAAUACAAAGGGAUAAAGGUCAUUGUUGGAGUCGAUCGACUCGACUAUAUCAAAGGCUUGACCCAGAAGUUGAAAGGGUUUGACAGCUUCUUGGAUGACCACCCAGAACUGCGCAACAAGGUUGUUCUCAUCCAAGUUGCCGUUCCAAGUCGUGAAGAUGUCAAAGAGUAUCAAGAUCUAGAGACAGAACUUAGUACACUAGCUGGGAAGAUCAACGGCAAGCACGCCACGCCUGACGGAACACCGCUGUUGUACAUGCAUCGAUCAGUGCCGUUCAAUGAACUGACUGCACUGUAUUCUGUUGCCGAUGCAUGUCUGUUGACAUCAACGCGGGAUGGAAUGAACCUCGUUUCAUUUGAAUACGUGGCCUGCCAAGACAAGAAGAAGGGAGUCCUCGUACUCUCUGAGUUCGCCGGAUCGGCAACGUUCAUGAGAAAUGGCAGCAUCCCUUUCCAUCCAGCCAAUAUGACCGAGAUGUCAGAAGCUCUGUAUGCUGCGCUGAACUUGGGCCCUGAAGAGCGUCAGCGAAAACAUAAGUUCUUGAGAGACUUUGUAAACACACAUACCAGUGCGAAAUGGGGUCAAACCUUUAUUGAGAAGCUGGCUCAGCGAUGCCGGCACCCCAUGGAGCCAUGUUGA